AUGUACGUUCAACAUAACGGUGUUGCAAUGGGUGCUCCUCUGGCUCCAAUAAUUGCCGACAUUUUUAUGUCGCAUCUCGAGGAGAGUUUGAUGGAUCACUUGAAGCAAAUUGGUGUUUGUGAGUGGUAUCGAUACGUCGACGAUACAUUUGUACUUGUUGAACCUACAACAAAAGUAGAAAAUGUAAUCAAAAUUUUAAAUAAUUUUCAUCCAUCUAUCACUUUUACUCAUCAACUAGAAACAAAUGGUUCUCUUCCUUUUCUCGAUGUAUGGGUUACCCGGUCACCUGAAACCAAAACAUUUCAAACAGCUGUCUAUCGAAAAGAAACAUUUACUGGUCUAAUGAUAAAAUGGGAUUCCUUUGUACCUGGAAGUUACAAAAAGGGUAGCAUUGUAACACUAAUAAACCGAGCUCUAGCUUCAUGUUCUACAUACUCGUCAUUAGCCACAGAAUUCGAGAAUAUUCGUCAAAUCGGUCUCCAUAAUGGUUAUCCAUUAUCCUUUCUCGAUACUCGAAUAGGCAUCGGAUUAAGUAAACACUUGAAGAUAUCUGUUACCCGCGGUACCACAAUUGUCGGCUGCGAAAAAAAACAGAUGUAUAUUGAAAUUCCUUAUGCUGGUUCAGCGACCGAUUCUUUUAAAAAGAAACUAUCACGAAUCGCUGGAAAAAAUCGCCCCGAUCUUGAUGUCCGCUUCUUCGCCAGACCUCCAUCAUCCGUUCAAAUAUUUUUCAACACAAAGGACACAAUACCAAAAUACCUGCAAUCCAACAUCGUUUAUUCAGUUAAGUGCAGCGACUGUGGUGAUAUAUAUGUCGGUGAAACGGAGAGACAAGCAAUAAGACGACUAUGGGAACAUGGAGCACCUAAGUCACUGUUAAAAGAACGAUUAAUUUACCUUGAUCAAAGUACCACGACAAACCACGAAGAAACCGAUGCUGAUGAACCAUCACCUACCGAACCAACUCGAAGAAAAUGCCAAUAUCUAAAAAAAACGACACGAACUAGAUCUACACCCUAUCCAAAACCAGAAACUUUGAGAUGCCCUACCAGUGUUCGCCUGAAAAACCAACGAACAAACGCUCCAACAACCAACACACACCUAAAACAAAAAAAACCAAACGAUGAAAAAGAAAAUAACGACAAUAAAAAACAAUCCAAUGAGAGCUCACUAUCUCGCCACCAAAAAGAAACCGGACACCAAAUCGAUUGGGAACGCUUUAAAGUCGUAUGGCACGAUAGUGAUGGCUACAGACUACAAGUAAAAGAAUCUUUAGUAAUCAAAGCUUAUGAAACAAAAUUAAAUAAAACUACACAUUCGGUCCCGAUGCUCAUUUUUCCCGAAGGACUACCUCCAAACAUGAUCCCAGACCCGAAUUCUAACACUUCACAGCCUCCCAAAAACAUAUAA